AUGGCCGGAGCUAAUGAUUCGGGUUGCGACGAUGAUCGUAAACCCCGCCGUGUUGCUGGCCAACCGGUAGAUUCCGAGGGCGAAUGUGUCCCUGGAAAACGCGGGAACGAGGAUUCUGUGUCAUGCUCGAUUUGCCUCGAGUUGGUGGUCGACGACGGUACCAGAUCCAGGGCUAAGCUCCAAUGUGGUCACCAAUUCCAUUUGGACUGUAUCGGAUCAGCUUUUAACAUGAAAGGAGCAAUGCAAUGCCCAAACUGUCGGAAUGUGGAAAAGGGUCAGUGGUUGUAUGCAAAUGGGUCUGCUCGGGCGUUUCCAGAGUUUGUCAUGGAAGAUUGGAUCCCCGAAGAAGAUUUGUAUGCUUUAAGUUAUCCCGAAAUGCAAUAUCGGGUCCAUUGGUGCCCGUUUGGUGAACUCUCUCAGGCAGCUUCUUUCGAGGAGCUGGAGCCUGAAACCACUACAUAUCACAAUGAGUUCCAUGGGCACCACGCGGAUGCUGUGAAUCAUUCAUAUCUUGCAUACGUUGGACCGGGCCCAGCCGCUACCCCGAGGACUAGCGACAACAGCAACAACAUAGAUGACCAUCCCUGGAACAGCCACUCUCACGAUCACUUUCACCAGCUUGCUCUUGCUCCCCAAUAUCAUCAUCAUCAUCAUCAUCAUCAUCAUCAUUCCCAACCCUUUUCUGCUCAUGUGGUUGAUGCUGAAAUCGACUCUUCAGCAGCUGCAGCAAGGGGCAUAUCUCAUCCCCACCCAUUUCUCUUUAGUUACCGUUCUAAUCCAAGGACAUCACCAGCAAUCAACGGUCACCAAGGAGGCAGCACCCAAAUGCGUGAACACCAUGCUUUUAAUCAUCAAAGGGAACGUCAUGCUAAUGGUCCCAGUCUCGCAUCUCCUACAAGAAGAGGAUUGCCGCCGCCACCGCCACCGCCAAUGCCUGAUCAGAACCUCGGAUUCUUCAUUUAUCCACCACCAGAAACAGAUCAAUUUCAUGGUUGGGAGAGAGAUUGGUUUCCACAAUUCCCUGUCCCGUCGAAUCACCACCGCACGGUCUCUAGCUUUUGGCAGAGACAUUUCUGA